AUGAAGUAUCUCCCGUGCCUGUGUUUACUCCUUGCUGUUCUUUGCGUAACCCAUUGCCAUCAUGAAGCCAUUUGCCACGAAGUCAAUAAUACGAAUCUCCGUGAUGGAACAGAAAAUUUAUUAACACAUAACUGUUACAAGCAAGGCUCUAACUAUGCAGAUUUUGCAUUUAGAUUUUACAAGCAGGCUAUAGCAAAAGAAGCUGAUAAAAAUGUUUUCUUUUCUCCCAUGAGCAUCUCAACUGCUUUUGCCAUGCUGGCUCUUGGUGCCAAGUCAACCACUCUGUCUGAGCUUUUUGAAGGACUGGGCUUUAACAGUCUGACUGAGACUCGCACACAUGAUAUACAUGAAAGUUUUCAUAAAGUUUUAGCAGUACUAAACUGUGCUCAUGUUAACAUCACAUUAAAUAUAGGGAAUGCCCUUUUUACAGCUCUUGGGUAUGAACCACAGGAGACAUUUUUACAAAAUACCAGACAAUAUUAUGAUGCAGAAUUUUUUUCUAGUGAUUUCCAUAAACCAGAAGAAGCUAAGAGGCAAAUCAAUAAAUAUGUAGAGGAGAAAACUAAGGGAAAAAUUCCUGAAUUAAUUGGUCAUCUUGAUCCAAGUACUGUAUUGGUUCUUGUUAACUACAUUUAUUUUAAAGCUGCCUGGGAAAAGCCUUUUGAUCCCUUGCGUACGUAUGAGGAUGAUUUCUUUGUGAACACAAACACAUCUGUUAGAGUCAACAUGAUGCAGCGUGACAGUAACUACGGCAGUUUCUAUGACCAGGAUCUCUCCUGUGAGGUGGUAGAGCUGCCGUACCAGGGCACUGCACGAGCAUUGCUCAUUCUGCCCGAUGAUGGACAGAUGAAGCAAGUGGAAGAUGCUCUCUCCAAGGAAACUCUUUGUAAAUGGGAUAACAGCCUUGUGACCAGGAGAUUAAAUCUGCAGUUACCAAAGAUUUCUAUUAGUGGGUCUUACGAUGUUGAAAACCUCUUCAAGGAAAUGGGCAUUACUGAAGUGUUCUCUGGCAAUGCUGAUCUGUCUGGAAUUAGUGGCAGUCGUAAUCUUCGGGUUUCACAAGCAAUUCACAAGGCCCUGCUGGAAGUCAAUGAGGCAGGAACUGAGGCCGCAGGAACAACUGCCAUCAUCCUUACCAGACUUCUCCGUCCUUCCAUUACCAUCAAAUUCAACAGGCCCUUCCUGACACUGAUUUUUGACAAAGAAACCAGCACCAUGCUUUUCAUGGGGAAAGUUGUCGAUCCUACUACAAAGUAA